CUAUAAACCCCAAGAGGAUAAAGACAACUUUCAACCGUCUCUUCCCUUCUUUUUUGUAACUACAUUGUCACUCUUUUUGUUCGGAAUUUGUAAAAUCAUCAAAAUGCUGCGCAUUGCUACACUUUCGAUUCUGGCCCUGGGUGAGCUUGCCUCCGCCCACGUUGUAGCCUGGCAUCAAGGCAUGUACUGCCUUGGGGGGAACGACACAUCGGUCGACGACGCCAAUACCAACCUUGCCGUGAAUCCUCUGUACGACCUUCCCAAGUCUCAAUGGUGGUUCCAAGCCGGCCGGGGUUGCGAUCAAGCUCCCCCAGCCGAUGGGGUCUUCCUGGAAUUACCUGCUGGUCAGAAUUUCACCGUUGAGCUUGCUCAUAACCGUGCUCAAACUACACUCUCGUAUAACGGCCAGUACGCCGGAGAGUGGCCUGACGGCAAAGAUCAUCCUGAGGACUGGGCUGGGCCGGGCUCACCACCAGACUGCAUCCAGGAUGAUGGAGCCAUGCAUACCCAAAAUGAGACUAUGGCUGCCGGAACGGUGUUUGCGAUCAGUUAUACGUCGGAUCUGAGUCAGGUAACGAUGGAGAAUUUGGUCGUGUUUACUGUACUGGAGCACACGCCAUGGAAACGCAUUGCUACCUAUGACGUACCCGCAGAUCUUCCACCAUGCCCUAAUGGGGGCUGCAUUUGCGCAUGGGGUUGGGUCCCGCAAGGAUGUGGACAGCCUAACAUGUACAUGGCAGGAUACAGAUGUAACGUGACCGGAUCAAGCUCGACCAAGCAACUCGCAUCAGCCCAAGUUCCGAAAUAUUGUGCCAAUGACACUUCUGAAUGUGUUAGCGGCGCCAAGCAGAUCCUAGUCAUGAACCAGGCUGAUGGAAACAAUGUUGUUUCGCCAGACAACGAUUUCGUAGCCUACAACGAGAAAUGGGGAUUCCAGAAUGGUGCACAAAACGAUAUCUUUUUGUAAGCCACAACUCGUUCGACGUAUUGAGGAUGAGGGUUUCGGUAAAGCGGUAUCUUAAGCGGGCAUUUUAUAUUAUGUUUCAUUACACACAUAAGCAGGAUGUUUGGGCUUGGCCAUUAAGCUUUUUCUUCCUAGGUUUUACAAGAUCUCUUGAGAUUUUGUAGAAGCUUUCUAUAACUAUACACAAGAUUUCAGGGUACAGAGUUAUUAAACCCCUAUUCAAACUUCGAAAGUGUAUUUUCAGCGUAGAAUGUUUGCAAGGCGUUUUCAAUGUCAAAUAUUAGCUAGUUGUCUUACAAUUACUACUUUGAGAAACAUAGGCUUUUAAACAUUGAA